CCAACUCCAUCACCGCCUCAUCGCGUUUUUCCUAUAUAACACACCCCAAACCCCAAUGCUUGUCAUCACCAAUUCAAUCUCAUUUCUGUAGUUUCGGUUCAUUCAAAUCUUUCAAGAUGCAAAUCUUCGUUAAGACCUUGACUGGUAAGACCAUAACUCUCGAGGUAGAGAGUUCCGACACCAUCGACAACGUAAAGGCCAAAAUUCAGGACAAGGAAGGGAUCCCACCAGACCAGCAGCGUUUGAUCUUCGCCGGGAAGCAACUGGAGGAUGGUCGCACCCUGGCUGACUACAACAUCCAGAAGGAGUCCACCCUUCAUCUGGUCCUCCGUCUCCGUGGAGGAAUGCAGAUAUUCGUCAAGACCCUUACCGGAAAGACAAUCACCCUUGAGGUGGAGAGCUCAGAUACCAUCGACAACGUGAAGGCUAAGAUUCAGGACAAGGAGGGCAUUCCCCCAGACCAGCAGAGGUUGAUUUUUGCUGGUAAGCAGCUUGAGGAUGGCCGCACCCUUGCAGACUACAACAUCCAGAAGGAGUCAACCCUUCACCUUGUCCUCCGACUCAGGGGUGGGAUGCAGAUUUUUGUGAAGACCUUGACUGGGAAGACCAUCACUCUGGAGGUUGAGAGUUCUGACACAAUUGACAAUGUGAAGGCGAAAAUUCAGGACAAGGAAGGAAUUCCACCGGACCAGCAGAGGCUGAUCUUCGCAGGGAAGCAAUUGGAAGAUGGGAGGACCCUUGCUGACUACAAUAUCCAGAAGGAGUCCACCCUUCACCUUGUCCUGCGUCUUCGUGGUGGUUUUUAAGUGCUAUAACUCCUUCUCGGCUGUUGUCUUCAAAUUUAACACCUUGCUCUGUAUGUCUCUGUUGGCCCGUUAAAUAAAUUUGUUUUAUUUUUAUCGCUAUCAACAACUUUUGUAAUCCAUUAAUAUCAAUUUCAUCCGCUUUGAAAUUUAA